CGACGACAUCGCCAUUUGCAGUAACGCCAUUGAUUCGCCAUUUGCGAAACUAAAAUCAUGGACCAGGAGUUGGUGUACCCCAAUGUUGCUGGUGAGGAGGAGGUUGUGUUUUCUUCACAAGAGGCUGCACUGUCUGAUGGCAGGAUCCAGGCUGCUGAACUGAUGAUCAGCAUGGCCGCUAGUGGCCAUUCCGAUGUAUCCAUAACGUCAGAAGCAUUACAUGAGGAGGGUGUAGAUGUUUCCCACAGUGGAGACAUUCCUAUGAUUGUUUCUAUGCCAAGUGAACAGCACAGUGAGCUUGGAAACACAGAUCCUGGCAGGAUACGGCAGAGAGCAAGAAUUGAAGUAAUGGAAUAUAAUGAUGUUGGGGACAAGCAAGAGCUGCCUGAAGACCUGGUGAUUAUUACAGGAAAAUCUGAACUGGACAAUGUGUCGUCAUAUCCAAGUGGGCAUAUCCUUUCUCAGGGGUUUUCUGGUGAUAUUGGAAAUACCAUAACACUCAGACAGAUGCUAACAGGUUUAGGUAGUGAAAAAGAAGUGGUGAAACAGCACUCUGAGAUGGAAACUUCUGUUCAAAACCUGAUACAUUCUACGUAUGAACAAGUGGUGGAAGAAGAUGGGGGCUCGAACACGGUUGUUAUCGAAAUGCCAUACGGAGGGGGGGACAAUGUUAUAGUGUCUGCACAAUCAGAAAACGUGCCAAUGAAUGGAACAAUCGCCACGGAUGUGUGUGUGGGCAAUAAUUACGUGAAGGAUGGAGAGGUGAUAACAGUCUCGGGGGAUCAAGCUGUAGAUGCGACUGGAGAGAUGAUCAAUGUAUCCCUGCAAGGGUCCGCCAGAGAGCAGUCCCUGACAGCCAUAAACAAAAAGAGGCUGGAAGAAAUGCCCACAAAUGUUCUUGUCAUUGAACCAAGAAAGCAAGGUCAUAUGUGCAUCAUCUGCAAGGCAUUCUUUGUGAAGAUAACAGAGCUGUACAAACAUCGGAUCACUCACAAUGAGAAUCUCGGGGUGAGCAUGUUCAAGUGUAGCACGUGUCAGGUCUCCUUCAGUGAACCGCUCGACCUGGAGAAACACAAACAGCUUCAUAUAGAUAGAAGGGUGUUCAAGUGCUGUAUAUGCUCCGACACUUUCUCAGGAUUCAACAACUACAAAUGCCACCUUCGAAUUCACGACAAGCUCGCCACAUACACAUGUGACAUGUGCCCAUUCCUGGUAUUUCAACUCCGUAAGCACUUCAUAUCGCACCUUGAUGACCACGAGAUAGCCAAGGAGCACUACAUCCCCGGCCAGGCGCUCCGCUUGAUCUGCUUCGUGUGUAACAAGGAGUUUUGUGACCGAGGCCAACUGCGGAGGCACCAGCAGUAUUACCAUUCUGAUAAAAGCUACAAGUGCUCUGUAUGCGGUAAAGCAUUCUGCGAACGAGCCAAACUGCAGAGACAUAUGCUGAUCCAUAAUGGCCGCCGUGAUUUCACGUGCAGUGCUUGUAAUAAGGCAUUUAGCUUAAAACAUAAUCUAGUGGCCCACAUGAAUGUGCAUACAAAGGAGAAGCCGUUUUACUGUUACAUUUGUAGAAGGACCUUCUCACAGAAAGUAUGUCUACAGCGACAUUUGAGAGUGCACGAGGGAUUUAAAAUUGAGUACGAGCAGAGAUAAAAUAAACAAACGUACACUUGUAUUCCUUAAAGCUGCACUCUCACAGGAUGACCGUUUUGACAUUUUUUUAUUUUUUGUCUCAUUUUUGCCAAUUGUUGUGAAAAAAUCUUGAAGCCAGUGAUAUAAGACUGCUGACAAAAGAUCAGUUUUCAGUUUUUCAUAUAAACAUUUCGAAAAUUGAUGUUUUAUGACUGAAAGGGUUACUUAUAAAUGCUUUAAAGUUGCACUGUCACAGAUAUACCAUUUUUCCAACUUUUUAAUUUUUUUGUACGGAAAGAGCAAAUUUUUGCUUAAAUAUCUGCAAACCAAUGAUUUAAGAUUGCUGACAAAAAUCAGAUCGUAUAUUUUCAUAUAUAUCCAUUCGAAAAUUAAUGUUUUAUGGCUUAAACCGUGACUUACGAUUUUUUUAAACUUAAAAUAAAUAUAAAAAUCUGAGAGUCUUAUACAAAUAGUUUCCCUUGACUCGCAAAAAAUGGCUUGUUCCAAGAAAAAACAUAAAAAAGUUGUCAAAAUGUUCUGAGAGAGUGCACCUUUAAGGAAAUCAAUUUUUCUAAAGAAUUGAGAACUGUUUUAAAGUGAGUUGUAUGACUUAAUUAAUGGCAUUCAGGCUAAAAUCAGCUGAUUCUGAGAUAAAGAAAAAUGUAAAAACUGUCAAUCUGUUAAGAGUACAGCUUUAAAUCAGGAAUGGGUAAACAUGAUCUUAUGGCUAGAUCAGAAAUGAUAAACAUUACCUAUAUUAUGUUUUGUUGGACAAAAUUUGCAUUAUGUAUGUAUACGAUUUGAAAUCUAUAUUUCACUACAGCAAUGAACAUCAUGUCUCAUUUAAAGGCUCUUAACGAUUAUUUACAACUAAUCAAGGUUAAUAAAUUGCUAAAAGUGUUCUUAGAAAGCAAAAAAGAUAUUAUAUUAUCCAGAUGGCCAAAAUUAAUAUAGAUAAAAGUUUGUUCACAUCACUUCUUUACCAUUACCAAAUUUAGUUUCAUUAUUACUGUUUUUCGUAGAUUAAUGAUGUGUCUGACAAUCAAUUAAUUUCUUGUAUAUCUCAAACUGUUAAUAAAAUAUUGAAAUAAAAAGGCAUGAGCCUGGUUAUUCCUGUGGUUAAUAUCUCAAACUGUUAAUAAAAUAUUGAAAUAAAAAGGCAUGAGCCUGGUUAUUCCUGUGGUUAACUUGUUGUUGAAACCUGAUUCCAUGGAAUUUUGUUGGUUGCGACCAUCUUACCGUUAAUUUCACUAAAAUGGCAUGAAAACUCUCCCAUGUUUAAGUCAAACCAAAAAGCAUUGUGAUAAGCUAAUAUUAUGUGAUUGUUAUCCACCAGCCACCAAUCUCUGAUAUUUAUAAACUUGCCUCGUACAGUUUUCCCACAUUUAAUGUUCGUCUGGUUUAUUAACUGUGUAUUUCUUACCGUUUGAUGAUGCAGUCUGCCAUAUUAAAGAAGCUUCUUCAUUCCUAACUAUUCUAUUUUGAAGAGAAAAGCAAUUUACCUUUAGGAAAUACAAGUCUCAAUACCAUCUGAGCAAUGACCUGAAAGUUUUUGCUCAAACUAUGCUUUGACAACAUUAUCUCUCAAGAACCAGGCGAAAUUAACACUUUCCUACUUAAACUGCCUGUACGGAUGUCCGAUGUUUGUAUAAAAGUUGAAAAGAAAAUUAAAAUAACAACACAAAGUAGACUGACUUCUUGAGGAAACCAAAAGUGACUUCAAAAAUCAUGUCUUAUGGUCACACAAGACUUUGAGAAAGACUUCGGUUGGAUUAGUGAAUUGAAUGGUAUCUGAUAUUGAAUUUACUAUCAAACCAGUUCCCAAAAUAAGCCUAUUUCAGGUUUUUAACUUCUGACUUAAGAUCUAUGCAGUCAGAUUGAAUCAAGUAUAGGACUUCAUACAUAAGUGGAAAUUUGUGGUAGCUGAGUUAGAAUCAUAUGCAUUUUGGAUUCAUAGACAAGCACCUUGCUCUGUACCUGACAAGUAUAAAUUUAUUUAUUGUGUUAAAUUAUAAAAAGUCAUUGAAAACAUCAAGGCAUUGUCUUUCAAAAGGCGCCUUAUGUUAAAAAAGGCUAAAACUAAAAUACGCAAACAACAAACGCUCUAAUAAUUAAGUGUUUUUUUUUAACAUAUUCCUAAAAUAAGAAGCAUUUUGAAAGACACUGCCUUGAUGAUUUAAUUUGGUGUCAAGUCCCUUUAAUUAAUGAAUGAAAUGAAAUUUUCUCAGUUGUGACUUUGGAUUCUGUCUUGGUUAUUGUUACACAAGACAAGGUACUGAACUCUUACACCUGAUACUUGGUUUGCAAGUUAUAAACAAUUAGGAUUGACCUCCCUUUAUCUAUAACUAAUAUAAAUUAAACAGAAUGUCACUGUAUAUUAACAGAUUAAAACUAUUAAAAAUUAAAUCAUUCGGAACUCCUUGGCCAUUCCAUAGAAAACAACCUCGAAUGUUUUUGGGUACAUCAGUAGAAGUAGCUUGUAAAAUUAAUAAAAAAAUAUAUUUAAUGAAGUGAUUUAUGUGUAAUUGCUUUACAAAUUUUAAAUUGAUUCCCAGUUAAGUGAGUUAUUACAGAAAAAAAAUACUAUUCUUCAGAGUAAAGUCCUUUGGUUUAAAUGUUAAAUUGAAAUUAUAACGUGAACUUCUUGAAGCGUAGUUAAAUGUAAAGAAUUCUUACAUUGUAAAGCUUCCUGAUGCAUCUAAGGUUGUUUUUUUAUAGGAAAUAGCCAAGUAGCUCCAACUGAAAUAAAAUUGAAUAUUGCUGUAUAUAAAUUAGGAUUACCGUCCCUUUACCUACAACUAGAAUGAUUUAAAAAGAACAUGGCUGUAUAUUAUUUAGGAUUACCGUCCCUUUACCUACAAGUCUAAAUAAAGUAAAUAGAACAUCACUGUAUAUUUUUAUGUGACUUUAGAUUCUGUCUUGGUAUUCUUCACAUAUUAAGUUAUAAAAUACUAACUAACCUAAUCUAUGCUAACUAAAGAAGAUGUUUUUUUGAAAAUCUAAAAACUACUGCAUGCUUGUUUAGAAGAACUAGUAGUCACUUAUUAUGUUUUUUUCAUCUUAUUUCAUGUUAUUUUGUCUUAUUUUUUGUUUUCAAGCAGAAUGAUUUUGGGUAUAGAAGAUACAGGGAUUCAAAGUUCAGGGUUAAUACUGAAAUCAGGAUUUUGAGCUUGGACUUGAGGCUAUUGGACAGUUGUAAAGAUUAGUUUUAGCCCAGACAUUUGUAUCAAUAACUGUAGCCAGUACUUUGAAAUGAAUAUAAAUGGCCGUCAAAACAAUUUCUCACUAGUCUAUACCCUUUACCCUGCUUUGGGGAUUAAUACCUCAUACUCAAUCAGACUCUGCCUAUUUUUCAGAAUUUACAAUUAUCAGCUUUUAGAGCCAUUUAACAUUAAAAAGAACAUUUAUGUAUUUUUAUAAUUUGAUAAGGAGUUCUUGUAGUAUACAUGUUAUUUGUUACUAAAUAAUGUAUCAGUGUAAAACAUUUGCACAGUGAUAAUGAUUUUGUUUUUUAUGAAUUCUAUGUAUGACAUGUAACUUUUUAGCUCGACUAUUCGAAGAAUAGGUGGGCUAUACUACUCGCCCAGGCAUCGGCGUCCGGUUAAAGUUUUAGGGCAAGUUGGGAUUUUCACUUAUAAGUCCAAUACCUUUCAUUCCAUUGAGUUAAUACUUCACACAGUUGUUCAGGGCCAUCACAUGAUGAGGUUAGAUAACUCCAUAUUAUUCUUUACACAGAUUAUGGCCCCUGAUUGACUAUGAAACUCAGGUUAAAGUUUUAGGGCAGGUUGGGAUAUUUAUAAAUAACUUCUAUACCCUUUGUUCAAUUGACUUAAUACUUCACACAGUUGUUCAGGACCAUCACACAAUGAGGUUACAUAACUCCAUAUUAUCCUUAAUACAAGUUAUGGCCCCUGAUUGAUAGGUUAAAGUUUUAGGGCAAGUUGGGAUUUUCACUUAAAACUCCAAUACCAUUCAUUCAAUUGACUAAAUACUUCACACAGUUGUUCAGAGCCAUCACAUAAUGAGGUUUGAUAACUCCAUAUUAUCUUUAAUACAAAUUAUGGCCCUUGAUUGACUAUUAGACUAAGGUUAAAGUUUUAGUGCAGGUUGGGAUAUUUAUUAAUAACUUCUAUAUCCUUUAUUUAAUUGACUUAAUACUUCACACAAUUGUUCAGGACCAUCACCCAAUAAGGUUACAUAACUCCAUAACCUUAAUACAAGUUAUGGCCCCUGAUUGACCUAGGUUAAAGUUUUAGGCAAGUAAAAGUUAAGGGCAAGUUAUGAUUUUAAUAAAAAAAACUUCUAUACCUUUCAUUCAAUGCACUUAAUAAAAUUCAAAAUUAUUUACGACCAUCUUACAACAAGAAACAUAACUCCAUUUCAACCCUAAAUACAAAUUAUGUCCCUUGAAUAUGUUUUUUUUAAUUUUUACAUUCUUAACCAGUUUUUUACCAAGGGAAAACAAGGAGGGCUAUACUAUAUGGCCAUUGAACUUAUUUUAUUAUUUUUAUUUUUUUUAAUUUCUUUUGAAAGGCAUAUUUUUAUAUUCUUUACCACAUUUUCAUAAUGGGAAAUCAAGUUAUUUGAAUGACUUGCAUCAUUUUUCGGGUGAUGGGAGGGCAGCAUCAAAGUCACCUUAUGUAUUGAAUAAUUUUAGUUAGGUUUGACAUAAAUAGACCAAACUUGGUACUAUUUCAUUGUUAUUGUAUUCAAUUCUAAGUCAAAGCAGCGAAGUCGAGCGCGCUGUCUUACGACGGCUCUUGUUUUGUUAGAUAUUGUAUUAAAAAAAAUCAGGAAAUGUAAUGCCUGUUGUAAACUUUCAAGAACAGAUCAGCA